UAACACUGGCUUCUCGGUGAGCAAUCCUCAGUAACAAAAUCCUUCUUGAGUUGAUAGACUUCACUCGUCCUUGUGCUGCGCAGAUUGGGAUAGAUCACCAGAUACCAGCUUCAAUCCGGACUCUCCCAAAGUUCUUGAACCAUCUCAAUGGCAUGGUUCCUUCAUCCCCUCAUCUUAUUUGUUGUAAACUGGUGGUCAGACACCCCAGAUCUACAACCAUAUGAGAAUGAUGAAGCAUAUUGCGAGGCUUGCUGCACUGGUUCAAGUUCUAUUUUUGUUCCUGCUGGUAGUUGCCACAUCAUGCCUAUCAACAGCCAUGAGGAUGAUGCUGCUUUUUCCCUGCACCACUCGGAGGCACCAAGGGGAAGAGCCUCCCAUGGAGAUGACUGACAUGAAGCCAGAGGAGAUGAGCCACCCUCCCAUGGACCAGCUGAUAGGAAUGGAGUACUGCAUAGACUCCAAUCCAUCCUGGGGAGGGGCUAUUGUGCUGGGCUUCCAACAUUUCAUCCUUUGCCUGGGGACGGCAGUGAUGAUCCCCACCAUGCUGGUUCCGCUCAUGGGAGGAAAUGCCCAUGACAAGGCAAUGGUGGUACAGACAGUGCUGCUUGUGACGGGGAUAAAUACAAUGCUCCAAACUCUAUUUGGAACUCGUCUACCCACCAUCAUCGGUGGGUCAUAUGCAUUCGUAAUCCCGGUCAUAUCAGUAAUCAGUGACCCCUCACUGAUCCGAAUUGCUGAUGACCAUACAAGGUUCAAAAUGACAAUGAGAGCCAUACAGGGGGCCCUGAUAAUAUCCUCCUGCAUUCAAAUAAUACUUGGCUACAGCCAGUUGUGGGGUGUAUGCUCCAGGUUCUUCAGCCCACUUGGGAUGGUUCCAGUGAUUGCACUGGCGGGUUUCGGCCUUUUUGAGAGAGGAUUCCCAGUGAUUGGAAAGUGCGUGGAGAUAGGUCUUCCGAUGCUCGUCCUAUUUGUGGCACUUUCCCAAUAUCUGAAGCAUGUACAAGUGCGCCAUUUUCCGAUAUUGGAGAGGUUCUCGGUGCUCAUCUCCAUUGCACUUGUCUGGGUAUAUGCCCACAUCCUCACUGUGAGCGGGGCAUACAAACACAGCUCACCACUCACCCAGGUCAACUGCCGCACUGACCGUGCCAAUCUCAUCACAACUGCGCCAUGGAUCAGUAUUCCAUACCCACUGCAAUGGGGUGCACCGACUUUCAGUGCAGAUCAUUCAUUCGGUAUGAUGUCUGCUGUGCUGGUGUCCUUAAUAGAGUCUACUGGAGCAUUUAUGGCUGCUGCCCGAUUGGCAAGUGCAACGCCGCCACCACCAUUUGUCCUGAGCAGGGGCAUUGGAUGGCAGGGAAUUGGUCUGCUAUUUGACGGUCUAUUUGGUACAGUGAGUGGCUCUACAGUCUCUGUGGAGAAUGUCGGUCUCCUGGGAUCCACCAGGAUUGGAAGCAGAAGAGUGAUCCAGAUCUCUGCUGGUUUCAUGAUUUUCUUCUCCAUCCUAGGGCGAUUUGGGGCGCUCUUCGCAUCGAUUCCAUUCACACUGUUUGCCGCCAUAUACUGCGUGUUGUUUGGCUAUGUCGGAGCUGUGGGGCUCUCCUUUAUGCAGUUCACCAACAUGAACUCGAUGCGCAACCUCUUCAUCAUCGGCAUCUCACUCUUCCUUGGCAUCUCCAUCCCAGAGUACUUCUUCCGGUUUACAAUAAGUGCUCAGCAUAGCCCAGCACACACCAGGGCCGGAUGGUUCAAUGACCUCAUCAACACCAUCUUCUCCUCACCCCCGACUGUCGGAUUCAUCAUCUCAGUGGUCCUGGACAACACGCUGGAGGUGAGAAAUAGGGCAAAGGACCGUGGGAUGCCUUGGUGGGCGAGGUUCAGGACAUUCCGUGGCGACAGCCGGAAUGAGGAGUUCUACAACCUGCCAUUCAACCUCAACCGGUUCUUCCCACCAUCAUAAGCUGGGUGACUGGGCCAGCCGUAGGACUUUAGUAGAAUAGAAGCCAACCGUUGAGUGAUUUUAGCCAACAAUAUCAUUGUAAUUACGGUUUGGUUUCCAUAGAGAUUAGAGAGAGUUAGGACUAGUUGUAGAACUAGAGCAAAGAAAUGCUGGGCAUGAUAAGAAAACUGUCGUCUUACCA